GCCAUGGGGCAGAUAAAAUUUCUUUUAGGCGUUCCGUUUAUAUACUUUGUUGGUAUCGUGACAAGUGUAAGUAAUUUCGAUUUACUUGGUGUUCAGUGGAAAUAUAUAUCGCAUCCAGAAUCUAAAUCUGAUGAUUACAAGCCCGCAAAUACUUCAAGUGAAGAUGUAGUACGUGCUGCUAAAGCUGCUCUAAAUAGUUUUAAGCGACAUGCAGUUGGUGAACUCGAUAAUUUUGGAUUAGGUCAGGUACUUGAAGCUGAAGUACAGGAGAUUGCCGGAUUAAAUGUAAAAGUAAAAUUUUAUGCCCGCAAUUCAGACGCGCUCCUAUACUUUUGUGAGGCAUUGGUUUUUGUAAGUCUAAUAAAUGAAAUUUCUGUAACGCAUGUAGAUUGUACACAAAACGGUUCCUACGCACAGAACAACACUUUACCCUAUUUACACAACCAAACCCACCCUUUUCCACAGAAUGACGCAUUCCCAUCUCCAAAGAACAACACUCUUCCCCGUCUACAGAGGAACGCUUUCUCGAUUUCAGAGAACAACGAUUUCCAUUUUUCACCGAGCGACGCCUCCCCCUAUCCACAGAACGACACAUUACCCCCUUCACAAAAUCAUGCCCACCACUUUCCACAGGACGGCGCCUUCCCUUAUCGACAGUACGAGACAUUACCGUCUUCACCAAACCAUACUUACCUCUUUCCACAAAUUGACUCAUUGCACUCUCCACAGAAUGACUCAUUAUCCCUUUUGAAAAAUCAUAUCCACCACUAUCCACAGAACAAAACUUUAUUCUCUUCACACAACCAAACCCACCCUUUUCCACAAAAUGUCGCAUUUCCGCCUCCACAGAGGAACGGCCUUCCCCGUCCAUAUAGGAACAAAUUGUCAUAUCCACAGAACUCUGCCUCCCGUUUUCCACAAAAUUACGCGUUCCCUUUUCCACAGAGUAACGCUUUCCUCUUUCCACAAAACAACGGCUUUCCCUUUCCACAGAACAACGCCUUCCCCUUUUUACUGAAUAAGGCCUUCCCUUUUUCACAGAACAACGCCUGUCCCUUUCCACUGAAUAAGGUCAUCCCUCUUCCACUGAUCAACGCCUUUCCGUUUCCACGUAUAAUCGCAUUCCCCUAUCCACUGCACAACCCCUUCACCUUUCCAAAGAACUAUUUCUCUUUGUUUCCAUUUCCAUAAAAAAGAAAUUAUUUUCCAUAUACAUACAUGUUUUUUCUUAUCCAAAAUGCACGUCUUUUGAUUUUACCUUUUCCAUUGCAUGAUGAAAUUAUUUUUGAAUAAUAGGAAUAUGGCUCGAAAUAUUUUUAAAUAUAUUUCAAUCUGAACACAAGCCAAUAAUUAAAUCAUUGAAUUGUUAUUUUUAGAAAUAACAAUUUAAAGCUCUGAGUGCCUCUGCAACUGUUUUGGACAGGCGUGUAGCUUGCCAUCAGGCGCAUGACUUGUUCGUCC